UUAGGAGCUAAGGAUUGUUAUUGGAGUUAUUGGGGGGUUUUAACAGUGCAGUAAGAAGAGGACAGUGUCAAGCUGUGGACCAAGAGACUUCAGGGAAAGGAGAAGUGAUUUCCUAACAGUUCAUAGUUGGCCAACAGAAACCAGAGAACCAGAUAACUUUUUGGAUGACAUUCAAUACAUUUCAGCCACAAAGACUGUGGACCUAACUGAAUUUCAUGGAUCAAGAAAGUUAUUUGCAUCCAGGAGAUGAUGGAGAACCGUCGGUUCCCGUUGGUCAGGUGCUGCUGAGGCUCCAGGAUGCUGUCAUCAUGGCUAUGUCACGCGCCCGUCAGAGAGUUAUUCAGGGCUUUAUUGUGUUCUCUUUUGUCUUCCUGCUUCUCUGGAUUUCCGCCUUUUUAUACGGUAGCUUCUACUACUCCUACAUCCCCAAGGCAGCUUUUUCCACACCUGUGCACUAUUACUACAGGGCAGACUGUGAAUCUCCUGCCUCUUUUUUGUGCUCUUAUCCAGUGGCCAACAUCUCCCUGAUGAGGAACAAGAAACAUGUGCUGACAUUCGGCCAGGCCUAUCGGAUGACUCUGCAGCUAGAGAUGCCUGAUUCUCCGGUCAAUCAGGAGCUGGGGAUGUUCAUGGUCAAGACAGCCUGUUUCUCUCGGGAUGGAGGGCACGUUGCCUCCUCAGCUCGCUCUGCAAGACAACUGCUGUCCGCCUCCAGCUCUCGCUUUAGCAUGCUACGGUAUCGUUCAGACCUGCUGAGGCACCUGGGAACGCUGCUGUUCCUCCCGGCCUUUCUGAGCGGCGUCACCGAGCAGAAACAAGUGCUGGAGGUGGAGCUCUUCUCAGACUACACAGACGACCCUUAUGCCCCCUCGGCCACGGCCUUCAUCGAGAUCCUGUCCAACAAGGUGCAGAUCUACUCAUCUCAGCUCAACAUUUAUGCUCAUUUCACUGGUAUAAGAUAUUUGAUGUUUAACUUCCCCAUCCUAUCAGCCCUGGUGGGUGUGUCCAGUAACUUCAUCUUCCUCAGUCUCCUCUUCGUCCUGAGCUACAUGAGGCUGCUGUUGGGAAUGGAAUGGGGACCAGAGCAGCUCAGAGCAGAUGGACUACUGUCAGACAGGGAAAAUAACAUGAACAACAACCAACACGAGGAUGAAAAAGAUGCUGCUGCAGGUACUGCAGAGCUGCUGGGUCCCCUCCAGACAACCCGCACAAAUCCGAGCCAGGAGAAGCCCCAUUUGCACUCUGGUGACAACACAGAGGUGCAGAGUGAAAUAAAUGAAUGAGAGGGAGCCUGAGGUCGUCUAGAGAGCCAUCUUGAUGGCAAGAUGCAAGGAUGAAGAUUUAAGCUUUAAGAGAGCUAUGUGGUUGAAAAUGACUCAGAAAGCACUCAUACAACACUGACAAAUAUGCUAGGUAAUGACCUGAGCUGUAGAUCUUGUUGCUCUUAACAUCAUGACCUGUGUCCUGUCUCACACUGGUGUUUCAGCUUUAAUGUGACACAUCUGAACCUUCAUCACUAAACACAAAUCUGUCAUUGUCAGUGCCUUGUUAUUACUUGACAUUAUGAAAUAAAUAUUCAUAUGAAUAAAUACAGACAAAAUAUGUAAUGUAACCAUGAAAUUGUGAAAUAAACAGAUAAAUUCUUCUUCAUGUAAUUAUCAUGAAUUUUUAUUUCAUCCUGCUUUUUUUUCACAAUACCAGAGUAUUUUGCAGGUCAUUUUUAUUUCAUUCCAUCAGUUUUUAUUUCAAAAACUCAUUUAUCUAAGUUCUGUUUUUAUUUCACUGUGCAAUAUUCCCCAUUUUAAUUCAUCGUUCAUAUAUUGUAUCUGUAUUUAUUCAUAGGAAUAUUUCAAAAUCACUUAUUUGUGUAUCUAAUAUUAAACAUUUUUGGUUUCCAUACACUUGGGACAAAUACAUCCACAAAAAUAUAUCUAAAUGCUAAACACUGACCUCUUUACUUUCAGCUAUGAAAUGUAUUGUAUGACUGUGGAGCUGUUUGUUUUGCAAAUUAUAACUAUCAUGCUGGCUGAAAUGUUACUUUACUUUAUGUUAAAUGUUGUUAACCUGUUUGUUACUUGACCAAAAUGUAUUUUGAUUAUGAUUAUUAUUAAUUAUGAUUAAAGCAUGUGAGGCAACCUUUUUUACUAUACAAAAAUGUCUUAAAUUGAUUGAGUUUUAAGCCAAAAUGUAUAUUACUUGGCUGCAAAUCCUUUCUAACGUACACUAUUUUUAACUUCUGCAAUAAAAUCUUUUUAAAAAUGGUU